CGAUAUCGCUGGCUUGUGUUGCGCGCGCGCGCCACAGUGUAGCGACCGUCCUUGUAUCGCCUGGGCGUCAUGCGCGCAGCUGGCGCAGCCUCGUGUCCUUUGUUUGUAUCGAUCACGAUUCUUUGUGUUUGAACUAUGGAAACGAAUGUGUAGUUCUGUGUCUGUUUAGUGAGCAAAUCCUGCAUCAUGGCUAGUGAGUCCAUAUCCUUAGAGACUACUUCCACGUCUCUGACGGAAGACUCUUCGCUUAACAUUUCAUUUGAAAACCUUAAUUACACGGUCCGACAAGGCAUUUUUAACAGAGGACGCAAGGUCAUCCUGAAUAAUCUGAGCGGGACCUUCAACUCCGGCGAGCUGACCGUCAUCGUGGGCCAGUCAGGUGCCGGCAAGAGUACACUGAUGGACAUCCUAGCUGGAUACAGAAACGAGACGCAAGGCAAGAUCUACGUAAACGGAAGGAUCCGCACAAUCAAAUGGUUCCGGAGGCGAUCGUGCUAUAUCCUGCAGGAUGACAAAGUACAAGACAUGCUGACCAUCGAAGAAUCCCUAACCAUUGCAGCGGAGCUCAAACUAGGAAACCAUAUUAGUAAAGAACAAAAAACUAGACGAAUAAGAGAGAUCAUAACUGCCCUCGGACUACGUGAGGUCCGGGGCACGAGAGCAGCCCAGCUCUCAGGCGGGCAGAGAAAGCGCCUAGCCAUAGGCUUGGAGCUGAUAUGCGACCCGCCCGUCAUGUUCCUGGAUGAACCUACUAGCGGGCUAGACAGCUCAACAUCAAAGCAGAUGGUGUAUAUGCUGCAAAUGCUGGCGCACCAGGGUCGCACAGUCGUGGUGACCAUGCACCAGCCAUCAGCCGCUCUGCUGCAAAUGGUGGACCGUCUGUACGCGGUGGUGGCUGGCCAAUGCGCGUAUAUGGGCUCGGUCGAUAACUUAAUCCCCUUCUUCGAAAACCUUCAUUUAAACUGCCCGCAAUUUCAUAAUCCUGUAGAUUUCCUUAUAGAAAUAUGUGGAGAGCAGCCUGAUAAACUAAUAAAUAACAUAGAAAAUGGACGAGACCUGCAGUGGCUACAUAAUAUAUCUAAUAAAACUGAUGAUAAAUUAUUAGAAAUAUUUAAAACAGAUUUAUAUGAGAAAGUGUUUCUAACGGCCCUUCCACCUCCAAAAGAGGACCCGACGAGUAAAGUCCUACUAGCACUGAAGAGUACAUACAGUACGUCGUCGUGGAAACAAUUUACCACAUUGACACGAAGAGCAUUACUGUCUGCGUGGCGAGAUCCCCACUUCACGCUGAUAAUGACGGGCAUCCACUGCGCCAUGGCGCUGUUCGUCGGCGUGUUGUUCUUCAACAUCGGCGAGGACGCAAAGCACUCGAUCGACAACUACAACUUCCUUUCGUACAGCCUUAUGUUCGUCAUGUUCACCGCCUUCAGCGCCGUCUCUAUCAGAUUCCCUCUACAAUUUCCAAUGGUGAAACGGGAGCACUUCAACCGCUGGUACACACCGGGCGCCUACUACGCGUCCACACUUGUGGCUGCCUUGCCCGCGCAGACGGUGUGCACACUGUGCUACUCCUGCAUAGCUUACUGGCUCACAGGCCAGCCGCCAGAAAUCGUUCGCUUCGGAAGCUUCUGUGUCAUUUUACUGAUGGUUUCGUAUACGGCUCUCUGUGUAGGGCUGCUCAAUGGGUCUCUGUUUGAUAUUAAGCACGCCAUGAUCUUCGGGCCGCUCUUCAUAACGCCAUUCACGGUAUUCUCCGGCUUUUUCCUGCACCUGCCCGACUCGCCGGCCUUCUUCCGCUGGUUGUUCCACGCGUCGUUCCUGAAGCAUGGCCUCGUGGGCCUUUGUAUCACAAUAUUCGGCAUGGGCCGAUCGCGCCUUCCAUGCUCCGAGCUUUACUGCCACUACACGUACCCCCGCUUCUUACUCAAAGAUUUCGGCAUGUUAAAUGAACAAUAUUCAGUUGUUAUCUUAGCUUUCACCGGUAUAUUGUCCGUAGUUAUUUUGAGUACAUAUAUUUCAUUAAAAAUUAGACUAAAGUGUAAGUGGUAAAGUAUUAUAUUAGGUUUAAUUGACAUUUUGGGUUAGCGAGCGUUGCCAUGUUGUAUCAAGUUUAAUUAAAUUUACAGCAAGUAAACUAGUGCAGUUAGAGAAACGUUUAUAAGUGAACGUUAUUAAGUUAAUAUGUGAGUUAUUUUGAUAUUUUUCUAGAUAGGUACAAAGCUAGUCACAUAAACCAGAAAAUAAAAAGCCCGUCAGUAAUCGGGAAAGUGACAUGAAAGAAAAGAAGUGAGUGACUGUGACAUGUUUUUCUUAUAAAAAAAUUUUUUGUAUCCCUACCACGAGUUGGCAUUUGCCUUUUACGCUAACGAAUGCGUGAACUCGAUCGCACUUUGACUUACAAUUAAGCUGCUAUCUUUACAGUUUGCACUGUGUAAUUAUAAAAUGACAACUUCAAUACCCCGUUUUUUUUAAGAUCAGUAAUUUUAUAACCUCAAAAGUAUUGCUAACUUUUUCCUCCAAAAUUAAAUCUGAGUAUGCACUGGUUUAUUAGCGUCGUUUUUAUAGUACCGCAAUGCAUUAUUAGGUAUCAUAGCAAUCCUAUCAUUUCGGAAGAAAAAGUUAAUUACCAUUAUUUUUGAAGUUAGAAAAAAUCUAAUCUUAAAAAAUGGAGUAUAGUGUAUGUAUGUCGAAGAUUAUGUUUCGUCGUCAUACCCACGUUGUUGUUUUAGUUGGACGGUAACUACUCAAAAUGUAAACAUAAACAUUCAAAACCAAGGGCCUCGGUCAUGGUUGUUCAACCUAAUACUACACUAACAUUUUGUAUUGGCUCAAUGAUAUAGCCACGUGGUUUUGUUUACAAGUUACAACAUUACAUGAGUAGAACAAAGUAUAAUCUAAUCACUAAAUCUAACCAUAAAUUGAUAUGAAAAUUGUUGUAAUUGUAAUAAUAUAACUUUUUAAAUGAUUUUUUUGUUUAAAAAUGUAUAAUAUUAUUAUUUAUGUGAUUUAUGAAGGUAUUUCAUUUCUGAUUAUUAAUAUAAAAUAUAAAUGUAGUUUAUAAGUAGGUAGUUACCAAACAAUACCUAUGCUAUUUACUCUGUAAAUAGAUCAGAAGGCACCGAAAGAGUAAUUAUAUAUACAAUUAUUAGGUAUAUCAUGACAAUUAUUGAUGUGUACGUGUUUUAUUGAUGCAUAGGUGCUCAUAUAACGUAGUUGCAUGACUAUGAACUUAUGCAUAUAACUGUGAUGUAAUUAAAAACCUUAAGUAGGUACUAUAUGCUGAUUUGCCAUUGUUUUAUGUCACCGGUACGGGUAUAAUAAUAUAUUCUAUAAAAAAGCUUUAACUAAAAUAAAAAAAACAAUCAAAUCAAAUUUUAACUAAAAUUUGUGUAUGGGUAAAAUAUGUGGGUAUUAGAUAUACUUAUAUGAAAUUCAAGAAAAAAUAAUAAAGGUGACUAGUUGACUACACUUUACAUUAUCAUGAAGUGGCUGACUAAAGGUAUAAUAAUGUUCAACAAGACCAAUAUUUGUGCGACAAUACACAAUACAAAAACAAAUAUUUUGGCAUAUUAUAUAAACAUCUAAACUUAGACCGUCUAGCAUGAGUUGCGUUCUCGCGCCAAAUUCUAUACUUAAAGUCGCGUAGGAUGUAUGGAGAUGCGUACGAGAACGCUAGCCGCUCAUGCUAGCCGGUCAGGAGAAUGUAAGCAACUCGACGUAAAUAUUUAAAAUCCUGGCUUGGGAACAAAUAAACCUUACUUUUUUUAUACUACGUCGGUGGCAAACAUGCAUACGGCCCGCCUGAUGGUAGGCAAUCUCUGUAGACUAUGUACACCUGUAACUCCAGAGGAAUUACAUGCGCGUUGCUGACCCUAAACCCGGCCCCCCCUCGUUGAGCUACUGCUAAAUAUGUGUAAUUUAUUGGUUGUAAUUUUUGUUCGUCACAAUUAUGUGAAGUUGGAAAGGGUUUAUUUAUUUUGUGACUCCCUUGUAAGUUAUUUACUAAUGUUACGAACAAAUAACCGAAACUAAAAGGACAUAAGUAUAAAUACGUUGUCUGUAUACUUUGAUAUUCAGUCGUUAUUGUAUUACAGUAGUUACAGAACAACUGACAGUAAGUAAUAUUUAGUCACUAUUAAGUUAGAUUAGGUAAAAUACCAUACCCUUUCCGACCUCUAGUUGUUGUACUCUUUUUACCUGGCUAUGUAAGUAGGUUUGCUCAAUGUCGGGUUACAAUAACUAGUUUCUCUUUGGGAUUCAUAAAUAAAAAGAAACAAUCGCGAUACAGUUCGUUUAUAAAAUUAUUUUUGUAACUCUUAAUAAUUUUAUGCACGAAACAUGUUUAUUUAUGAAUCGUUUCAAGUUCAAGAAAGAAAUCGUUUUUCAAACUAGUACUCGCAAUGAAGCAGCACUUAUUGUGUGAGGAUUAUGCAUACUAGUACAUUGUAUCGUUAACAUUGAUGAGGGACGACUUUAACAUUAAGGGGCUACUGAAUUUUUACACAUUUUAAUCGGGGGAAAAUGCCAUACAAGAGCUUACUCAAAAAUUUGACUAUAUUUGCGAGACUUUAAGCAAAACCGUAAAUGGUUAAAGUUGGCUCGAUCGAAAAAAAUUACGAAACCAUGUCUAAUUUUCAUUUAUUUUCAGUUGUAUAUCGUUACCCUACAUACAAUAGCAGUAUAAUUUUAGUAUAAAUACUAAAAUAGACUAGCAACAUUUCAAUCAGUACUGUCAGUUAUUGAGGUCAAUCGUUAAAAGCCACGCAAUCGCCAAAUCUUCCGUCGCAAGCUUCGCGCGGUGCGCCGAUUCUUUUAUUCCUAAAUUAAUUAAUUUUCUGGUUUUACACUCCCCCCGCCCCCUUAAACCUCACACAAUAAUGUACGAUUCCCUUCGACCAGCUGGAGUUAGGCCGCUCCGGAGCGCAUUUUCAAUGCGCCUAUUACAUUAUGUAUGGCAGAAGCGAUGGAAUCCGUCCGGAGCCGACCGGCUAGCGGCCGUACAAACGUAAAAUGCGCCCCGUCUCCACCUGUUAGGUGGAAAUCGUGCUUAAAUUUACCCAAACAACGAUAAUUUCUUAGGUAUUUACCUAACUUUGGUGCGGUACUGUCACAUGACCUUAUCAAUAAAUUGACAUUUCAAUAUCGUCAGGUAACAAACAAAACUCACUAAUUGUAUAGUAAACCCCCCUAUAAUUAAACAGGCACCAGUAAUGGGAUGGUAUAGACAAAUCCUGUAAAACAAGUAUAUUAAACAAGAGCCAAAAGCGCUCAUUAAGUUUAUUUUUCAUUGAUAUUUCUUACUUUGAAAAUAAAUGGCGUCGUACAUCCCAUGACUGGAGCAAAAAACCACAGUUUUAAUUAGUUAUUAAUAUUGAAAUCAAUUGCAGUAGCUUUUAUUAAAUACAUAGAAAACAUAAAAGACGAAUUGAACAUUCAACUUUUAAAGCGUAAAGCGGUAGAAAUUUUACAGGUGUCGGUGAAAUAUCAAAAAUACUCCAAAUUUAUCUUAAAUGUCCCAUGAUUGGUGCCUUUAACAUUAUAAAUAAUUAAGCAAAAAUGAACUUUAUUUUGACAAUAGCACGGUUUUAUGGCACUUAAUAUGUUAUAGUAAUUAGUGAGUUUUGGUUGUCACCUAUCAAAAACUGUAAUCUUUAAAAAAAGCACAUCAACAAGUAGAAGUGUAUUUUCAUUGAUUACUAUUUAUUGUAUACGCAUAAGCACUAUUUCUUUCUGCCACUUACCCACUUACAACGUCAUCGUCAAGAAUGAAGGAUGGAAGUUCAUUAAAUGUCAUUAUAGUCACAAAGAGGUAUUUGUAAAUAUGAUGAAGGAAAGAGAUAUAAUUAUUAGAGUAUUCAAUCCUGUCAUUGUAAAAUAGUACAUUACGAUACAAGUGCGAAAAAUAGGAAAUUCAAAACGAGUGGCGAUAAAUUAAAACACGACCGAAGGGAGUGUUUUAAAUCGACACGAGUUGCGAAUUACCUAUUCGCACAUGUAUCGUACAACGUUUUACAGUACAUAUGGCCCUUUAAAUGUUCGACACAGUAACAUAAUAUGCUACUUCUCGCACUAGUGCUAUAAAGUAGCCCCAUAUGUACUGUAAACGAUUUUAUACAAGGGGAAUAUAUACCUAAGAUACUGAAA